AGUCACAGGAUGAUGCAGGGGAUCUACUCCAACCUGAGUCAUUACCAGAAAUUCUUUCAAAUGAUCCUUGUCCUAGGGAUCGGUGGGAACCUUCUCGUUGGCUACCAGAUUUCUGUGAUCAACUACCCCUCUGUGUACAUUAAGAGCUUUGUGAACGAAACCUGGUUGGAGCGCUUUGGAGUCCCUGUCAAGGAGAAGACGCUCCUCUUCCUGUGGUCAUUUGUUGUGUCAAUCUAUGGCAUAGGAGGUCUGCUGGGAUGUCUCUGCAGUGGAUACCUGACCGUGAGAUAUGGGAAAAAGAAAAGCCAGUUGAGCACAGACCUCCUGGUCAUCCUGACUGCCAUAGUCAUGGGCUGCAGUAAGAGAGCCAAGUCCUUUGAAAUGGUUCUGGUUGGACGAUUCGCUUACGGGAUAAGUGCUGGCUUCUGCCUGGCCAUCCAUUCUCAGUAUGCUGGAGAAAUUUCUCCCAAGAAAUGGAGAGGAUUUGCAAAUGCUACCUCGGGAUUCUUUUGGUCUCUGGGGAAAUGCUUGGGCCAAAUCUUAGGACUCAGGGAACUGCUGGGAACGGAUUCAUCCUGGCCUCUGCUGCUGGCCUUCCCUGGCAUGGUGGCGUUCCUCCAGCUGCUCCUCUUGCCAUUCUUCCCUGAGUCUCCUUCUUAUCUCUUAAUCCAGGAGGGAAAUGAGGAAGGCUGCUUGAAAGCAAUGCACCAACUGUGGGGCCAAGGGGAUCACCAGGAAGAGCUUGGUGAUCUGAGGAAAGAAAUGGCCCCAGGAGGGCAAAGAAGCAAAGUGCUUCAGGCAGGAGAGCUGCUCCAAGAUGCAUCACUCCGCCAGCAGCUGAGUAUCCUUGUUGUUGUCAUUGUCACCAUGCAGCUCUGCGGCAUCAAUGCAGUCUAUUUCUAUGCUUUUGAAGUGCUUCAAAAUGCAGGCUUUGAAGAGAGACUGAUCCCCUACGUCUCCCUGGGCAUCGGCUUCUCUGAGCUCUUCUCUUCUUUCCUCUGUAUAUUUACCAUUGAGAGGUAUGGACGGAGGCCCCUUCUGUGGAAAGGCUGUGAGUUGAUGGCUUUGGUGCUGUUCCUCCUCACAGGGACUCUUUCUCUGCAGAAAAACCUCCCUUGGAUGUCUCACUGCAGUGUCAUCCUGAUUUUCUUGCUUGUCAUCUUCUUUGGAGUUGGACCAAGUGGAGCUACAAUGUCUGUUAUGAUGGAAAUUUUCAACCAGUCCUCCAGGCCAGCAGCAUUCACAGUCGGAGGUUGUCUGAACUGGGCAGGCCUCUUUGUCAUUGGAAUAACCUUCCCAUUUGCUGUGGAAAGUCUGGGGCCUUUUUGCUUCCUUCUCUUUGCCAUCGUGCUCUUUGGCUCUGGAAUAUUCUUCUACUUAUUCCUUCCAGAGACGAAAGGCAAGUCUGCUGUGGAAAUCACAGAGGAAUUCAGCAGAUCAUCUUUGGGAAAGAAACUUGCUGUUGUUCUCAGGAAAAACCUCAAUGAGGAUCAUUCGGUCUACUCCAGUUUCUGAGUUGCAUCUUUCGAGGAAGAAUUCCUGGGAGGAUCUCCGUGUUUAAAACCAUGUUUGGACCACACAGAGCUGCACUGCCAGUUCUAACCUAACCCCUCUGGAUGCAGCCUUUUUGGCUCCUAGGAAGAACACAGACAGCCCUACAGAAAUGCAGCUCUUUUUAACAUAAACACAAGUGACGCAGCCAUCUUACGGGCCUCAUGAGGGCAACUCUUUCUUCAUGGCAGUGAGGUUUCUUCCCCUUCUCCCGGAGCACCCAUUAACCCCUCCCAAAAUGUCACCUUGUUGCUGCUGCUUGCUGGCUUCAUUUCUGCUUAAGCUCAAAUGCUUUCCUUGCCCCUUUUCUCAUAGUUUUUCCUUUGGCAGAAGACCAAUUCAAAUGUUCAAAUCUCAGCUCGAUACAUAAAACCCAGCUACUUAAUGUGUAUAAAAAUGGCUGCUGAAGAGUUGCUGCAUGGCGUUCUUCCCUGUCCAUCCCUUCUCUUUUUCCUUCUGCUUUAUGACUUAAAACGUUUAGCCUGUGUUCUUCCUAGGAGCCAAAAAGGCUGCAUCCAGAGGGGUUAGGUUAGAACUGGCAGUGCAGCUCUGUGUGGUCCGAAAUAAUGCACCUAAGGGUUUUACCAAUAUUUUAUUUCUGAGCAACUUGGAAUAUGUCAACAGUAGAAUAAAAAUGUAAAAAAA